AGUCGCGCCAGGUGCCCACAUUCACAGAGCGAUAGGCAAGUCGAGCGGUUCGAGCAGCAGCCACCAGAGUCCGGAAAGAUGUCCAUGCAGCCAGCCCCAACAGGAGACAACGAGUUUAGAACACGACAGGGUCCGAGUCCUGGCAUUCGUCUGGCCACAAGCAUUGGCAGCAGACACUGGAUUAUGGGCUUGUUAUUCGUCCACACGAUUAUGUCUCUCAUGGUAGUCAAGGUCGCCUCCACAGCAGCUCUGUAUCAACACCAGCAACAAGCACUGCAGCCACUCAACGGCAUUGAGUCCACAGCAGAGACAACACACAGCGACAGGGAGAGCCAGAACCUGGGCCUGAACCAUAGCCAGAGCCAAAGCCAAAGCAGUAGCGACAUCGAGAAGAUGCGUGCCAAGUUACAGCAACUGCAGCACGAGCAGCAGCAAGAGUAUAUGCGGCAACAGCAGCAGCAGCUGCAGCUGCAGCUGCAUCUGCAACAGAUGCAUGCCACGGGAGCUGUUGGCGAAACCGCCUACUUAUUGGAGCGUGCCGACCACGCCGCGCCCGCCCCAGCGCCCAUCUACGGAACAUGGCGCACGAAAGCGAGACGGGCCCCGCACGCCACCUCGGGGAAUGAUGUUGACGAUGGGCAUGUCUACGAGCGCCUGCCUAAGCGAUCAGCCACCAUGACACCUCUGCGUGGCGUGCUGCGCGAUCAGAUGCCCCGUCCGCCGCGCCUGGCCACCCAGGACACGCACCAGCUUCAGGUGUCAGGCUCUCCGCCGCCGCCACCGCCCACAACGACUCUGCUGAGGCGCCACUACUCCGAGACGCCGGGCACUCUGGCCAUGCGGGAGGACUUCGGGAAGCCGAAACCCUUUCACUUUCCCUACGACGGUCCGCUGCCCGAGCAGUUCACCAAGGGCGAGGCGGAAAGGGAGCAGCGUCCUCGGCCGGAGCUGAACAACAUACAGGACAUACUGCAGCACCUGCACAUCAAUGGGUUGGCUCCCAGCAAGCUGCCACCGAUGGUGAUGAUGCCCACGGGCCUCCACAUAGCGGGAAGUUUCAAGAAUUUCAAGAGCAGUGGCAUCGGCAACUUCUUCCGUGGCAAGCGGAACAAGAAGCAGAUGCAGUUCAGCAUUCCGUUGCCCAUGUCAGUGGGACAUGGCCCAAUGCCCAUGUCCAUGUCCAUGUCCAUGCCGAUGUCCAUGCCAAUGCCAAUGCCCAUGCCCAUGCAGUGGUACGGGCCGGGCGUGAUGGCACAUCAGCGAGUGGCCAUCGAUCAAUUGUAUCCAUACAAGCCGCGCUCGCCGCAGGACAUCAAUCUGCUGGCCAUGCAGCAGCAGCUGACACCCAACAAGAACGUGUCCAAGAAGAAGAAUAAGAAAAAGCACCAACAGCAGCAACAGCAGCAACAGUUGGCCCAGAGCAACCACAAUUUGCUGUUGGAGCACGGCAGCCAGCAGAACUACGUGGCCGAUCCCUUUGGUCAGCACCAGCACCAGCACCAGCACCUGCCACAGCCAGUGCUCGCUUUGAAUGCCACAGGGCAGCCGCAGCAUAAGCGCAUUCCCUUCAAGCUGAAUCUGGAUAUAUAUCCGGUGAUGCCGCCCUCGCGUCCCGCCUCAGUGCUGCGCAAUCCAUUCCAGCAGGAGUACGCGAUGCCUUCGCCGGCAGCACUGACGGGCACCACGGCCGCCGCCUAUCAGCAUCUCGGACACGGCCUCUACCAGACGCCAUUCAAAUUUCCCACCCAAGCGCCCCACUCAGGCCACAUGCCGAUCAGCUUUCCCGAUCAGGCAACGCGAUUCAGCCAGCAGCAGGCUAUCUAUCAGUCACAGGCACACAAAUUUCCGCCACCCAAGAGCUUGCAUCCCGAUGAGGCCAUCUAUGGACAUGGUCCAGCUUAUGGCCAGGCACAAAAUCAGGGACAGAGUCAUUGGCAGGGCCACAGCCAGGGCUAUGCGCAAGGUCAGGGCUUGGCUCACGUGCAGGCACUGGGUCAAGUGCAGAGCCAGGCACAGGGACAGGGACAGACAUUGGAGUCUCAGAAGAUAGAGUCUCAGACGAGUCCCAUUAUGCUCCAUCUGAACGUCUUUCCCAAGCAAAAGCCCACGGCAACAAUACGCGCGUCCACGAAUCCGUUUUACAACCACAACUUGCAUCGGAACGCGAUCAACUCGAGUGAUCUGCCGCCACCCAGUCCCCCGAGCCCCAUCGAGCCGCGUCAGGCAGGGGCAGGCAACGGCUCUGCAAUACCGUCAUCAGCCGCUCAGCCGCAACAUCAUAAUCAUCAUCAGCAACAUCAGCCGUCUCAGCAGAUAUCUCUCAAUCAAACGCAGCAGCAGCAGCAGCAGCAGCACAACCAACCGCAAGUGAAUCGCUCCAGUUCCAUCUCACGCAGCGACCACCUGCCCCUCAUCGACUUUGAGCAUCCGAUUGUGGCCGCCGAGGCGCCAGAGGCAGCUUCUCUGGCCAGCUACCGGACCGAUCAUCGCCACCACAGGGCACAGACGCACCAUCACCCUGUGGAUGAACACUUUCGCUACCAGAAGAGCGCCAAUAUCGAGCAAUUGGCGGCCGAGGCACAGACAGCAUCGCUCUUCCGCUUUCCCGUCGAGGAUCUGAUACAAUUCCACGUGGACGAUGCCCUAUAACUCUAACUGUAUUAACUAUAUUAGCUGUAUUAGCUGUGUCUUAGUAUCUUUAGUUAGUGUAUAAGUUAAAUCAAU